UUAAGCUCUGCAGUCGGCGCACUGGUAGUGUGCUGCAUGAAGCGACAGAGAGAGGAGACACACAAGGAAAGGAAGAUUGAGAGAACUAUGGGCCAACUCCCCUCACCUGGCAGAAAGUAGGUUGUCAAGUGCCGCUCGACAGCCGGCCGACGCCGCCAUACAGCCAUCAAUGCCAGCAGAGACGAGAACGUAAGCACGAUAAAGCCGGUACAGCCCAAGAAAGCAGGUAUGACGGCCAAUACUCUCGACAAACAACAUGCCGCCGCCAAGCUAUGCGAAGACUGAAGGAGCCCAUACAGCACACACAGCAGCUGGCGACCCGCCUGCUGCAGCACGUUUUGGCCACGCUGCAUCGUAAGAAGUCGGCGGCGCAUGCUGAAGUGGUCAUGCGCCUUCAGGCUGAUCGGAAGCAGCACCACAAAGCCGCAGACAAACAAGAGGGCAAACUCAGGGUCCCUCCAGGCCGAUCCAUCGGCUCCCAAGCAAAAUGCCAGCGACAGCAGCAGAAGGACGCCCCAACGCAGCUGUCGGCCGCUGACACACUGGGGAUGUUUAGCAACCAGACACUCCAACAGAUAGGAACUCAGGUAUAUCAACGCUGGGCCGGGGAAGUACGUGGAGAUCUCCACAUCAUCGGCGGCCCAGCGUGAGAAUGAGAACGACAACAACGGCCUGAGUUUGGGAAUGGCAGAGCCCCACAGUACUCUCCACCACAGGGCCACGAAUGGCACAACCCAUAGGCAAAGCAUCUGGCAAAGGGCGUCCCAGCGGGUUGUUGUUCGCCCCUGGGGAGUACCGCCCAGCCAGGACUCGUCGUGCUCACUGCCACGACCCACAAACAGUGCAGGUAGAGUCGUCUGUCCCCGUGGUUCAGUUGGUGGCCUCACUUACCUCUGGCAGAUCUCACAGCUGGUCGGCCGCUGACCUGCACAGACCAGCAAAGCCAUCCAUUCCACACCAUGGGCAUCUACUCUACACAUCUUGCCCGUUGUCUGCAGCCUCUGCUGCCGAAAUGCCUCCAAACAGCCCGUGUGGACAAAACCUGCACGUGACAGGGAUGGAAACGCCCAAUGGCAUGCAUUAGGUGAUCAUAUGAGAUCAGGCAGGCAACCUUACGCACGGUGCCGCGACAGCUGCAGGGCGAAACCAGGAGGCCUGUUUCGGUGGACUCCUCCCUAUCGCCACAGAUGCGGCACGCGUCAUCAAAUCCGGGAUGCAUCAAACAGCUGUUUCUGGGAUUCUAG